ACUCGCGUCGUGUGAACACGUCAUUCCUGAAAGUGUGGCAGUUGAUGCAAUAGGUAUGUCCAGGAUUAGUAGACAACAACACACCAGUAUAUGAACACCACGUAGACCCUUCCCACUCUAUUUCAUGAAGAAAACACAACGUGUUUGAGUUAGAUCGGACCAAAACCGUACACACGUCUUUCACCAGACUAAACUUGGUUCUUUGUGGCUUCAUCUGGGGAACGACAUUUCUGAACAACAGCUGCGAACAACACAACUACAACGGAAUAGCCCGUUACAACCCUCAUUCGUUGGUAUCGACCACGACUUCGAGUGUGAUAGAUGCACUGGAACAGACGGGGAAGCCAUGAUGACUUCGUGGACAUACCUGUUGAUUGUGCUGAUUAGUUUUACCUGUGUUGCAGCGUUACCUACACGUGCAGGCGAAUCUGAAGACGACCCUGAGAAAAAAGAUGAUCGUCUGCUGUUCGAACCACAGAAAGGAGCCGAGAACAAACAGGGUGAAGCUGCGCCACCUGGCGGAGAUCAGCAGAACACUGGAGGAGAAGGGGCGGUAAUUGAGGACACGGCUGCAUGGAAGACAGCAGUCAAGGAACAGAUUGGCCGGGAUGCUCCCAAAAAUCACGGCGAGAUCGGGAGCCCCAGUGGAGAGGUUUUAACGCAUGGUGCCGAGGACGGCGACGUGCACGGCAAGGUUCCAGAGGAGAAGGCUACCAAACACGUCGACACUGGAGCCCUCGGCGAGGACUUCCUCCACAAUAUGAUGCAUGACGGGGAAGGAAACCACGAGGAAGCGGAUAAAGAGCUGUUAAAGGAGAGGCCAGUUGAAAUAGGAGAUGUUUCCAAGAUGAACUUUGAUAAAGAGAGUUUGAAACAGUUUAAAGAGGAUGCUUUCAAAGAUCCUGACCCUAAUGACAAGAAGGUUGACAACCAAGACCACGGCCCUGAAAGACCUGACCAGGCGCUGCACGGAGUCCUCAUGCACGGGGACGAGGUGGCCGGGAAGGACCACAGCCACGAGGACCAGCUCAAGGAGGAGGACAAGCCGAGAGGGGAGGACACGGUCCGGAUCGGACGGGUAGACCACGCCGGCCUUCAGAAGGAAGAAGGCAACGUUCCCGCAGCCCCGCCAAAGACUGUAGACACGGAGCAGCUGUUGCAUGGGAAAGGCGAGAAUCACGUGCACGGGCAUGCAGCAGCAAGUAAGGUAGCACGUGGGGGCGGGGGUGUUGACGGUGUCCUGGACGACGACUUCAUGCACAACAUCAUGCACGGAGGCCUCGAGAAGCACGAGCACGACGACUCAGAGUUGAAGAAAGAGAAGGCGAUACGCCCACGUGAUCUGGAGCAUUUGGGCCUGGAUAAAAACUUGCUGAAAGGUCUGAAUCUGAAGAAGAUGAUCCAAGACGAUAUGGAUGAAUACAACAAAUUUAUAUCCGAGAAAGGCGGGGAAGACGACUCGGUGUGGAACAUCUUCAACAGCUUCAAGUUCCGCUACUUCAAGAACGGCGAGGACAUCGACGACAUCAGCUCCAGGCAGCCUGUUGACGAGUGGGACGAGUCAGUGGUGACGCGGCCUGUUGGCAAGGGGGACUAGGGCAUCAACCACCAACAUCCAUAACACCACACAUCAACUAUCUCAGUCGACAUGUGAUGGUUCUAGACACUUUUUCAAUGCAAAUGGUCAGUUUAACUGUGCCAGUGUUAAGAGAUGGGAGAGGUUUAAGUUAAAAGGCUUAUACGGACAAUUUGAAAACAUCUUAUAUUAAUGCUUACUAUUUGGGUCUUCAGGAAAAUGGGCUCACAGGGAGAUGUCUGUUGACUGAGGAACUGUAGGCCAUAAGCCUGCAUCUUGUUGAGGUUGAGAUUUAAUUCUAAGAUAUUUAUAUAUGACAUUUCACGUAUUUUAUGUCUUAAUGGGAAACGAUGGUCCCCCAAUUUGAAGUAUUCAGAUAAAUAACAGCGUGAAGUGACAAACAGCACGUCAUCGGUUCGUUUCGAGUGGCUCCACCAUGGCGUCUUGACACAUUACACUUUUAGAAAUGAAACGUUUGUACUUUAGAAACUCGAAGGAAGCUCUUUUAAAUUCCUAAUGUUAACAAGGACUGUUUCCUUUUCGGAUAACUUCAGAAAGUGAAGGCAUUUAUUUUGUGUGUAAAUAUUGUUUCAUCAGGGUAAAAACGAUAGUAUGACGACUCGCAACCCGGUUUACCUUGAGAUAACCUUCCUUGUCCAGUGUGUCAGGGUUUUGUAAACUUGAUGUGACACUGAUGUAUUUGUGAUAUUAUUAAUAUGUGUAUGUGAUGGUACUUAAUUUUUUUUAGCCCAGUACUUAAUGUGUAUCAAACAACUAUAUGUAAUGAUUUUUUUCUAUAGCUAGUUGACACGAUCAAACCAAAGUUCAUAUGUUCUUGAAUAUUGCUGAUCGAAGUACAAUCGUACAUCCCCUGCUGGUCGUUAGCGAGGGAGUAUCAAUAUACAUUAUGCCCACUGUAUUGUUCGAUCUUGCGUCUGUAUCAUAGUUUGUGAAUAAAUGAAUCAGUUUUGUUA